GCGACGCCCGGUUACCAUCCCGAUCGCAUGACUGGAGGAGACCAGGAAGGGGCGUGGCAUCGUCGCUGUGUUAGAGUGGGCAGUUGCUGUUGACAUUGUGAUGUCACUUCCUCCAGAAUGUGUGGCACUUCAAAAAGCAGGAGAGGAAUGUCACUUACGGACGAUGGAAGUUUCACAACUGAGGCUGCCAAGAGCAAUUUAGCCGUCUUCCAGCAGGUGGCAGUCACCAUACACGAAAUCAUAAAACCUCCGCAGAAGAAGCUCAGCUUAACCAAAACGCAUUUUUUUUGGAUGCAAGUAACUGCCGUAGAUGUCCGGACAACCAGGAAGUCACACAUUGGAAUGACUUGAGUGACGAGCUACCCCAUUGCAAGUAUAGCUAACGCCAGCUAGCUAGCUAAUUGAAUGGACGCUGACAAAGUUCCCGAUGUCAACGAUGCCCCUCGCCUCCAAAUCACGCCAAGGGUUGCUGGCUUGGGGAAAAUCACCGAACAUCUCUACCUCAGCAGUGGAAAGGCUGCGAACGAUAGCUCAAUGGUUCGCGGGUUUAAAAUCACCUGCAUCAUUAACGCCACCGAGAACGUCACGAACAUUCCGAUCCCGGCGGUGGAGUACGUUAGGGUGCCGGUGGCCGACUCGCCCUUGUCCCAGCUGAGCGAUCAUUUCGACGGUGUGGCGGACAAAAUUCACCGGGUUCACGAGCAGCAGGGACGGGUCCUGGUUCACUGCAACGCCGGCAUUAGCCGCUCUGCCACGCUGUGCCUGGCGUACCUCAUGAAGCACCGCAGCAUGACGCUGGUGGAUGCUCACGACUGGGUCAGAUCACGCCGGCCCAUUAUCAGACCCAACAGUGGGUUCUGGAAACAGCUCAUUGACUACGAGUACAAACUUCACGGAUCUGGCACUGUGCGGAUGAUAUCGUCUCCCGUAGGAGAGAUUCCGGAUGUAUAUGAAAAAGAAACAAGAAAUUUGAUUCCAUGUUAAAAAGGCAGCCUACUUUUGCUAAUACACCCCCCCCCCC